AUGGCGACUGACUGGACAACGGGCAUUAUGCCUCUGCACCAAGUGCACAAGCCUCCCUUCACCAUCGAGGCCCCAGGCUACGAGAAGGUCCCCGGCGAGACCAUUCCCCGACGUCAUCCCAAGGCCAAGGAUGGUCUCGUCAACUAUUCUGCCCCCGACGCUAGAACUGUCUUCCAAAUUGUUGAGCGCAGCGCUCGACUCUACCCCAACCACCAUGCUGUUGGUGAUCGCAAGCUCAUCAACAUGCAUGUUGAGAAGAAGAAGGUUAAGAAGAACGUUGAUGGCGAGGUCCAGGAGGUUGAGAAGGAGUGGUCCUACUUCGAGCUGACUGGCUUCGAAUACUUGACUUACCAGCAGUAUCACGAGCGCGUUCUUCAGAUCGGUUCUGGUCUACGAAAUCUUGGUUUGACUAGCAACGACAAGCUUCACGUUUUUGGCUCCACCAGUAUUGGUUGGAUCUCUACUUCCCACGCGGCUGCCUCCCAGUCUAUCUCGAUUGUCACCGCAUAUGAUACACUCGGCCCCAGCGGCGUUGAGCACUCUCUCGUUCAGACCGAAUGUACCGCCAUGUAUGUCGACGCGCAUCUCCUCAAGACCGCUUCAGGACCCAUCAAGAAGUCUUCCGUGAAGACCGUCAUUGUCAACAACCGAACCAUGUUUGCCAAGGGAGGCGAACUCGAAACCUUUAAGGCGGAAAACCCUGAUUUGAAGAUCGUCACUCUGGAGGAACUUCGCCAGCUGGGCGAGCAGAACCCCGUCGAGCCAAACCCGGCCAAGCCAACCGACCUCUACUGUAUCAUGUACACUUCUGGUUCGACCGGUCUACCCAAGGGCGCUUGCAUCACCCAUGAGGCUCUUGUCGCUGGAAUCACCAGUUUGUACACCUGUGUAGAGGAAAGCGUAAGCGACAAGGAGUGCAUCCUUGCCUACCUGCCUCUUGCCCAUAUCUUCGAAAUGGCUCUCGAAAACCUUGUGAUGUUCAUUGGAGGAACACUAGGAUACGGCAACCCUCGAACGCUUUCUGACGCAUCUAUGAAGAACUGUGCUGGUGACAUGCGCGAGUUCAAGCCAACUGUGAUGGUUGGCGUUCCCCAGAUUUGGGAAACCGUCAGGAAGGGUAUUACUUCCAAGCUCGAGGCUGCCAGCCCCCUCCUCAAGAACCUCUUCUGGGGCGCAUAUAACUGGAAGGCGUUUGCCUCCAAGAACAAGCUGCCCCUGGCUGGUCUAUUCGAUAGCCUUGUAUUCGGCAAGGUCCGUGAACUGACGGGUGGCCGUAUGCGCUUCACUAUGAACGGCGCUAGUGGUAUCUCUGAUGGCACAAAGAACUUCAUUUCGCUCGUCGUCGCACCCAUGUUGGCCGGUUAUGGUCUCACUGAGACCUGUGCCAACGGUGCCUUGGGUUGCCCGCUUGAGUUCUCUCCUGAUGCUAUUGGUCCUACUCCUUGCUCUUGCGAUGUCAAGCUCGUUGCGCUCCCCGAGCUUGGUUACUCAACCGAGGCAGCGGUCCCUCAGGGUGAGAUCUGGAUCAGAGGUCUACCCGUCAUGAGUAAAUACUGGAAUGACCCCGAGGAAACAGCAAAGGCCCUCACCCCUGAUGGGUGGUUCAAGACUGGUGAUAUCGGAGAAUUCAAUGCUGAUGGUCACCUGCGAGUCUUUGAUCGUGUCAAGAAUCUCGUCAAGAUGCAGGGCGGUGAGUAUAUUGCCCUUGAGAAGCUCGAGGCUGUGUACCGUGGUGUCCAAUCAGUGGGCAACGUCAUGGUGCACGCUGAUCCAGAGCACUCACGCCCUAUUGCCGUCAUCAUGCCGAACGAGAAGGUCGUGCACGAGAAGGCCAAGGAGCUGGGUCUUAACGAAAAUGAUCUCCAUACUCUUCACACUAACCCCAAAUUGGUCAGCUUUAUUCUCAAGGAUCUCCAGGGCGCUUCAAAGCGUGCCGGCUUGAGUGGUAUGGAGACUGUUUCUGGUGUUUUGAUCACAGAUGAAGAAUGGACAUCCGACAACGGACUCCUCACCGCUACUCAGAAGCUUAACCGCCGUAAGAUCACCGAGCACUUCAAGAAGCAGAUCCAGGAGACUCUCAAGAAGAGUUCAUAA